GUUAGGGAAGUAGAUAGUGAGAAUAUGAAAGGGACGAAGGGCUUUUCUCCCCCCUCUCUUUUCUUUCCUUAUUUUUCUUUGCCGAGGUCAGGUUUUGAUAUGCUCGUAUGUUUGUAGUACCUCACAUAUAGGAACCCUUAGGUAAAUUGUUUAAUCAGCUAUUUAAUCCUAACACCCAUCAGCGAGUUUAUGAAUGGCUGAAUGCCAGACUUUUAACUAAAGGAAAAAGUUUGCUAGCUGAGCUUUUUGAACGCGUAAAAUAGAUCAGUAGUUUCAUCGCUUUUAAGACGUUGUUUGGCUGAUGGUGCAACAAUCAUCUUUGUUAACAACCUAAAGUAUCUGAAAGUAUAGAAAUACAUUUUCGUCUAGCUAACCUAGCUGUAGUUGGCUACCAAAUCUAUUGUGACCAUCACCGCUUUCAUUGUGUAAGACACCCAGGGAGUGAGAUGCAGUCGGAGGACAUUAUCUAGAACUGUGGCGGAAAUCCAGCGCUGGCUACAUUUAAACUCGUUACAUUGUCGCGGUAAAGCGGUGCGUAGGCAUCACCCUGGCAUGGCUCGCUACUUUUAAUGUCAUUUUAUCCGCGUUCAAACGGCCUGCUUGUUUUUCCCAGAAAAUGCCGGAGGGUUACAGUUCUGAUUAAUAGCAUUUUUUUAAAAAAGGAAUAGCUUUUUGUCUAGUUUAAAAUCAGUUUUAAAAAGAUUUCCCCUUUCAUAACAUGGCUCGAUGACUUUGAUGUAAAGCACACUGCCUCAUACAGUGACUUGGCUAACGUUUACCAGUUUCUAAAGUUUCGUAGCUAUCUCACAAUAAGGACGUAUCGGUCGGACCGAUUUGAUUAAAGAGCCAAAUUAACAAGUUUGGAGACAAUCUUGGCUCGCCACAGAUUUACCUUCGCGACUGGUUUGUCGUUUAGCUAGCCGGGGCGCUAGCUAUACCGAAUGCUGCUUUGUGUCGCGUUAGCCUUAAGCUAGCCUCGCUAGCGCUCCAGAAAUGUCGAAUAUUUCCAACGAAGCGGUGGUUUUGAUAAAAGACGUGAAACCAGGAUCGAAAAAUCUAAACAUCGUCUUUAUAGUUUUGGAAAUAGGUCGCGUAACCAAGACAAAAGACGGUCAUGAAGUGCGCUCUUGUAAAGUGGCUGAUAAGAGCGGAAGUAUCGCCAUCUCUGUUUGGGAUGAACUGGGUAGCCUCAUUCAGCCAGGGGACAUCAUUCGCCUUACACGAGGUUAUGCUUCUAUAUGGAAGGGCUGUCUUACCCUGUACACUGGCCGAGGUGGAGACCUACAGAAAAUUGGAGAAUUCUGCAUGGUGUAUUCAGAGGUUCCAAAUUUCAGUGAACCAAAUCCUGAGCUGCUAGCCCAAGCCAACCAACAGAACAAAGGGGGUAAAGAACAGCGUGGAAAUUCUCCACCAAAUCAAAACGUGGGCACUCCUGGACAGGCAGCAGGAAACGGGGCCAUGCAGACGUUUCCCAAUAGUGCUGCCCCUGUUCCUCCAAAUUUCGGCGCUCCUGGAAGAACCAAUGGGCGUGUACUAGGCAAUGGCCCACCACCAGUGACCGCAGGGGCAGUCCCUGCCCCACCCAAACCGUCAGUCACCAUCAGCAACGGCAGGGAUCCCAGACGAGCUUCAAAGAGAUGAGACCCUGAUUGUGUAACCACUGUCCUGGUCCCACCCCCUCUUCCAGAUCCUCACCAAGCUUGAAUAUUUCUGCAAUGUAACUGCCAAUUGAGUCUUGUAUUAGUCCCAUCAGCAGACUGUCAUCACCCAAGACUGUAAUGGUGUAGAACAGCUACAGCUGCUGGAGUUAUGCCAGUUUGUUUUAAAUCACCACACAGUGCUGGUCUUUUCGACAUGGUUUCCACAUCCCUUCCCUAAAUGUGUUGUGGGAAAACUAUACACCCUACUUGAACACUUGAUGCACUUUCUUCAUUUAAUCUCUAGUGAACACGUACUGUCUUGUAAUUCAGGAGUGGUUGUCUGCUAUGGCAGGCAUGUACCCUGAUUCUACUGGCUGCUUUUUUUUUUUUUUCUUUUUUUUUUUUUAACUGGGGUUUUAUCCCCUUGGCCAAAAAACAUACCAAAAGUGACUGUGUGAAAGAGGUGAUAGUUUGAUUCCGACACUUAGGUUUAUUUAAUUAGGAAUAAACUAGAAAAUAAGAAA